UCAUGCUGCUGCCAGGUCCACAGUCUCUCAUGGGUCCCUGUACGGCCUCCCAUUGCUGCUGUCUCCAUCGCCACAUUCUGCCAUGUGCCACUUUCAGGUCUCCUCACACUCCUGCUGGUUUCCAUUUUGUCAUAGGUUGCUGGCAGAUUACAGGCCUCCCAUAGGUGCUGCCAGGCCCCAAAUCUGCCAUGGGCCCCCCCGUACCGCCUCGUCACGCUGCUGCUGGGUUCACAGUGUGACAUGGGUCCCUGUACCGCCUCCCAUUGCUCCCACUCUGCCAUGUGCCACUUUGAGGUCUCCUCACACUCCUGCUGGUUUC